GAGUUAGAGGAGGAAGAAGAAGAAGAAGAGUUAGAGGAAGAAGAAGAAGAAGAGUUAGAGUUAGAGGAAGAAGAAGAAGAAGAGUUAGAGGAAGAAGAAGAAGAAGAAGAAGAAGAAGAAGAAGAAGAAGAAGAAGAAGAAGAGUUAGAGUUAGAGGAAGAAGAAGAAGAAGAGUUAGAGGAAGAAGAAGAAGAAGAAGAAGAAGAGUUAGAGGAAGAAGAAGAAGAAGAAGAGUUAGAGGAAAAAGAAGAAGAAGAGUUAGAGGAGGAGGAAGAAGAAGAGUUAGAGGAGGAAGAAGAGUUAGAGGAAAAAGAGGAAGAAGAGUUAGAGUAGGAAGAAGAAGAAGAUGAAGAAGAAGAAGAAGAAGAAGAAGAAGAGUUAGAGGAAAAAGAAGAAGAAGAGUUAGAGGAGGAGGAAGAAAAAGAGUUAGAGGAAGAAGAAGAGUUAGAGGAAAAAGAGGAAGAAGAGUUAGAGGAAAAAGAGGAAGAAGAGGAAGAAGAGUUAGAGGAAGAAGAAGAAGAAGAAGAAGAAGAAGAAGAAGAGUUAGAGGAAGAAGAGUUAGAGGAAAAAGAGGAAGAAGAGUUAGAGGAAGAAGAAGAAGAAGAAGAAGAAGAAGAAGAGUUAGAGGAAAAAGAGGAAGAAGAGUUAGAGGAAGAAGAAGAAGAAGAAGAAGAAGAAGAAGAGUUAGAGGAAAAAGAGGAAGAAGAGUUAGAGGAAGAAGAAGAAGAAGAAGAAGAAGAAGAAGAAGAAGAAGAGUUAGAGGAAGAAGAAGAAGAAGAAGAAGAAGAAGAAGAAGAGGAAGAAGAGUUAGAGGAAAAAGAGGAAGAAGAGUUAGAGGAAGAAGAAGAAGAAGAAGAAGAAGAAGAAGAAGAAGAAGAAGAAGAAGAAGAGUUAGAGGAAAAUAAAGAAGAAGAGUUAGAGGAAGAAGAAGAAGAAGAAGAAGAAGAAGAAGAAGAAGAGGAAGAAGAGUUAGAGGAAAAAGAGGAAGAAGAGUUAGAGGAAGAAGAAGAAGAAGAAGAAGAAGAAGAAGAAGAAGAAGAAGAAGAAGAAGAAGAAGAAGAAGAAGAAGAAGAAGAAGAAGAAGAACGAUGGUCACUGUAUUUUGAAAGUAUUCACCGGAAGUGUCGACAUGCCCGUGCUGCUGCCGCUUUAGAGUCGCAGUGCGCAGAUGCGGAUGCCACACGGUCGGAUUUCGUUGCUGGUGGUUAA